CUUACAGCACGCUAGCUCGAGUUUUGCGGUGAAGUUGCUUUACUGCACGCUCAGAGCUUCAAGAGUGGGGUAGUGUUUGCUAUAGUACAGCACGCUUGCCGCCGCAUCGAUACACAGCAAUUGGAAGCGCCGCAAAACGCCGUGCCACACCUUGCUCACAUUGCAGCAAGAAUGCACAACCUCCUCGUCGCAGCGUUAGCGAUCCAGGCGUCAGCGCUGGACCCCCUCGCGGCACGCCUCGCAGCGCACAAAGUGCUGCGAGAAACCGGCAAGGAAACGCCCGCGGCGCUGCUCGCAAGGCACACGACGAGCCUCGAUGAAAGGGAAAAACGCUUCGCUGCCGACCUCGUCGAGAAGUGCCACCGCCACGCGGCCGAAAUAGACGCUUUGUUAGACGAAGCGUGCGACAAACGGCCGCGCGGCUCCACACUCCAAAUACUGAGGCUUGGCGUCGCGCAAUUGUUGUAUUUCGACAGCAUCCCGAACCGCGCGGCCGUCGACACGAGCGUCCAGCUCUGCAAGAAGCGGGGUGGCAACCCGGGUUUAACUAAUGCGGUAUUAAGGCGGUUGAGUAGAGAGACGCCCUCAAUACAGGAAACGAAGCCGCCUUUAUAUGAUUUAUUGGUGAAGGACCGCGGCGCGGAACUCGCGGACCGCUACCUCGAGGCAUGUAGAAAACCACCAGCCAUGCUCCAGGUGACCUGCGCUUCUUCCGAGAAACGGGAUCAGUUAAUCGAGGCCGUCGACGGCGCCACGCAAAGCUACGGCGAUUUUGGAGUGGCCCUCCGACCGUACAAGAGGACGCCGGUCCCCGCGCUGCCUCUCUUCGACGAGGGCGUCUGGUGGGCGCAGGACGCCGGCGCCGCGCAGGCGGCCCAACUCCUCAAAAGCCUGCCGAAGGGCGCAAAGGUUUUGGAUAUGUGCAGCGCGCCGGGCGGCAAGGCCCUCCAAUUAUCUUCGUUUGGUUUUGAGGUCGUGGCCGUCGAGAAGAGUACAAAUAGGGCUGCACGGCUGCGCCAGAAUUUGCAGAGGUGCAGGUGUAAUGUAGAUGUACGCGUCCAGGACGCGACGCGCGUGGAAGAUAUGUUUGACGGCGUCCUCGUGGACGCGCCGUGCUCGGCCACGGGGACGGCGCGGCGGCGGCCGGACGUGCUUCGCAAAGACCUCGAUCUGGAAGCGUUGGCGGCGACGCAGGCGGCUUUAUUAGACGCGGCCUGGCGCUGCUUGAAACCGGGCGGUUUGCUCGUGUUCAGCUCGUGCUCGGCGCUGACCGCCGACGCGGAGGCGAGCUUCGCGGCGUUUUUAGAAAGGACGGCGGACGCGCAUCUCGUGGAGGUGGCCGCGGCGGAGCUCGGUUUUGUGGAUAAUGAUAGUGUCGUCGACGGCGCGCUGCGGCUCUGGCCGUGGCACGUGGCAAGCGACGUCGGGGGCUGCGACGCGCACUACGCGGCGCGGGUGCGGAAGGGUGGUCCCGGGUAAUGUGUUGUGAUUUGAGAAGCGAGUUCUCUCGUUGCGUGCUGGCACCCUACUAAGGG